AUGCCAAAAGUAAAAAGUAAAAAAAUUGAAAAUGGUCCUAAGGAAAUUACCGACUAUCCUAAAACAGAUUCUAUAUUAUACACAGAUGGAAAAAGGAGUUAUAAUUACAGAAUUAAGCAAGAGGGUUUAUAUCCUCAACUUCCAAUAUUGAUAUAUACUCAAGGAAAGAAUAAAUAUAAAAUUCCAGAUGGAUAUUGUGUGGAAACUACUUGGGGUCGUGGAGAAAAAAAGAAAACUGUAAAGUGUUUUAUUAAUUAUAUAGAAGGAAAGCCUCUUUUUAAAAUUAUGUAUGGUAUAAAUUUUUCAGAAGAAAUUCGAUCAAAUAUAUCUUCAACAACAGCAGCAAAUGCCGUUCUGAAGAAACUUUUCCCCUUAAAUGAAAAAUCAUUAAUUUCUGGAGUACAUCUUUUUGGUAUUCAUCUAAUAACAUUAAAGCAAGCUAGAGAAAACAUAAGAAAUAUAAAGGAAAAUAAUGUUCAAUUAAUAUCACUUGAACAUUGUAGUAAAUCAACAUUAAAUAAAAGGCAGCAUAAAUUUGGAAAUCAAUUGAAACAACAUGUUCAAAUUGAAGAAUCUAAAAUCUAUGGUAAAGAUAGAGUUGUUCUUAAGCAAAUUUCUUAUAGUGUUAAAGAUAUGGAUUUCCAAAUUGAUUAUGAAAAAAGAAAUGAUAUAAAAAAGAAAAAGCUUAUUUCAGCAGUACAAGCUAUUGAUUUAAAUUAUAUUCCUCGUGAAGGUUAUCGAGCUUUAACUGCAGUAGAAUCUAAUUUACAACGUGAAUGGGCUGUCUCUGAACAACGACUUAAAAUAACAACAGAAAUGAGUCAAAAAAUACCAGUCACUUUUAUUAAUCUUCCAUUAGAUUUUACUGAAUAUUCAAACUCUGAAUCAAUUGAAAUAAUUCAAAAUAUCAAAAAAGAUGGCACUCGGAGUGUUAAAGACAUUUUAAAGUAUAUUGUACCUGUCCUUAUUUCUAAUGAAAUAUUGGAUAUUAAUAAUCCAAUUAUCCACUUAAGAGUUUCUGGUGAUGGCAGAAAUGUGGGUAGAAAAAUUAAACAUGUAAUGAUAACCAUAGCGAUUUUGAAUGACAUUCAAAAUAUUCAUAAACCUGACCACCACUAUACAACUGUUCUCUUUCCAGGUGUAGAGAAGUAUGAGGUUUUAGAAAUUAUGAUGGCAUCUUUUAUUAAAGAACUAGAUGAAAUAAAAAAAAAUGGGCUAAUGAUUGGCGAAAUUAUGUGGAAUUUUGAACUUUAUUUCUCUUCUGACUGGAAAUUUUUAACAAUAUGUUUAGGAUUCAAUUCAGCAAAUUCAAAAUUUUUUUGUCCAUGGUGCCAAGUAUCAAAGUAUGACCAAGGUAAUAAUUGGAAAAUAAGUAAGAAAAUGGAGAACAUCCAUGAAUAUCCAGGUCAUAAUAGGAAGCCACUUUUUUAUAUGAUUCCACUGGAUAAGUGGGUACCAGAUGAACUUCAUAUUUUACUUCGUAUUUGGGAUCGUCUCUGGUAUUUGGUUUUAUCAGAAUUAAAAGAAUUUAACCAAUUCGAUGAUAUAUGUCGUGAUGAAAUUGUUAAAGAAAUGGAUAGGAUUGGUGUUAAUUUCCAAUUUUGGCAAGAAAAAUCCAAUACGUGGAACCACACAUCAUUGAUGGGUGAUGACAAAAAGAAAGUUUUAAAAAAUUUUAACUUUAAACGUAUAUUACCACCUUCACGUGCAAAAGCAAUUCGAGAAUUGUGGGAUCGCUUUCAUCAAGUUUAUCUUAAUCUUAAAUUGAAGGAUUAUGACGCACAACAGUUUCGUUUCGAAGCUGAGGAUUGGUUGGAAUUAUUUAAAGUAUUAUACAUGCCAAGUGAUAUAACUCCAUAUAUGCAUGUUCUUGUCUGCCAUAUGUCCGAGUUUAUGGAAAAACAUAAACAAUUUGGUAUAAAAGCAUUUUCGUGCGCGGCUGUUGAAAAAAAGAACCAUCAGCAAGUAACACAUUUUUUUAGACAGACAACAAAAGAUGGAGGGAAAAACAAAAAAUCAGCAAUAACUGAUAUUCUUGAAUAUGAAAAUAGGGUUCUCUUUUAUUUAUUUGAUAAUGUUGAAACUUCAACACCAAAACCAAAAAAAAUAAGUUUAAUGUAG